AUGGAGCGCGUGCAAGAAGUCCACGAGGUUGAGCCGAUCGCCACCGAGCAGCCCUCGAGCGAACAAGUCUCGAAAGUCACACACACCGAGUCUGCGCCUGCCGAGACGGCAGUGGAGCCCAUCGCAGAGACGGAGACGAGAGCAUCACCCCAUGGCAAGCAGCCGGGUGCAGACGUCGAUGCCGCCGCCAAAGCCAAAGAGCGCAUGGCCCGCUUCAAGGCCCUGCAGGCCCGUGCCAAGAACUCCUGCGAGACCAACUUCAAGGAGGCCACCAAGGAAUCGCAGCGGCUAGCCAGCGAUCCCAGCCAGAUCACCGCCCUGCACCGCAAGCACGCCAUUGCCUCACACAAGCUUCUCAAGGCCGAGGUGGAGGAAGCCGGCCACGACUUUGAGCGCAAACGGGCAUGGGACUGGACGAUAGAUGAGAGCGAGCGGUGGGACAAGCGGGUCAAGAAAAAGGCCGCGCAUCGCGACAACAACGCUUUCCGGGACGAUCAGCAGGAGAGCAACAAAGUCUACAAGCGGCAGCUGCUCAACAUCACGCCUGACUUGGAGCAAUACGACAAGCAGAAGAUGACCGCCAUCGAAAAGGCAGCGGCGUCUGGGGGCUUGGACAUUGUCGAGACCGAGGAUGGCGAGCUCAUCGCUGUGGACAAGGACGGAUCUUUCUACUCCACUGCCGACUCGACGGCAUUUACGCAGAACAAGCCCGACCGGGCGGCAGUCGACCGUCUGGUCAAAGACAUGAGGCGAGCAGAGGAGCAGCGGCUGAAGAAGAGAAAGGAUCGCAUGGCCAAUAACGGCGACGACGGUGAUGUCACUUACAUCAACGAGAAGAACAAGCAGUUCAACCAGAAACUGGCGCGCUUCUACGACAAGUAUACUACGGACAUUCGGGAUAGCUUCGAGAGGGGGACCAUGAUAUGA